GACGCACAAUCCGGAAAUUUUCAUUCCGUUUUUGUUUGCUUUAAUUUUAAUGUAACCGGAAGUUUGUAGAUCGUUAAGAAAACGUUAGAAGCAUGCUGCUGUAAAAAUGUACCUCAACUUUUUAUAGAAUUUAGGAGUUUUGGCCCUGCACAGAUUUUGUACCCUCUCCGGGGGUGUUGGAUCGCAAUAAAAAUUGCACAGUACAAAAUCUAGGCGCCAAGCUUAAUCAGAAUGGCAGAUGGAAAACCUUCCACGGAAAUGGAACAGCAGCAAGGACUUUCAGAAAAGGCUGAACAGACUUAUGAAAGGAAAGUAGAAAAAUACAAAGACAGGCGAAGUGUAAAAGUUAAGCUCUCAAAGUUAUCCAAACUAUCAAAUCUGACCAGUGUAAGUUCAUUAUACCUUAAACAGAAAACCAAGGUUGAAGAAGCUCGUGUCAAAUUGAAAUACGCAAAAGAAGAAGCAGAAUUAUUGAAAGAAAAGGCUGCACUGGAAGCUAGGAUGUCUAUUCUGGACAAAGAAAGACAAUAUGAGGAGUGCACUCAAGGAUUAAAUGCUUUGAAUGAAUGCAUUGACUUGGCAUCAAGUGAAGAAGAGGAGGAGCCUGAUGAGAACGAAUUAACAGACACUCGAGAGUCCCGUGUAAAGCAGUACGUUGAAGAACAAAAUCAGAAGUCACGUUCAUGUAGCUCGCCACUCGAAACUCAAGAACCUGCUUAUGACAGUGACCAUUAUGGAACUCGAGUUACACCAUUAAACAUGUUGAACGCGGAAUCUCCCCCAUUCAUUCCAAGACAAGGAAAUAUGUGUGAAGAAUUCUCUAAAUUCAUGGUGAAGAAGGACAUGCUUUUGAAGAGGAUUCAUGAAUUUGACGACAGACCAGAAUUCUUUGGCUCAUGGAAAACAACAUUUGUGAGUGUAGUAAAAGAACUGAAUCUAAGUUCGGCAGAAGAAGUUGACCUGCUUAUUCAGUAUUUAGGACCCGAGUCAAAAAAAUCAGCUAUGAGUAUCCGGUCAGCCAACUACAGUGAUUCUUCUCGAGCAAGAGACAGGAUCUGGCAGAGAUUGAAUGAACGUUACGCAAGGCCAGAAUUAGUCGAAUCCUCUAUCAAACAGAAACUUAUGUCUUUUCCAAAGAUAGCAAGCAAGGAAGUGAAAAAACUAUAUGAACUUGUGGACAUCGUGGUGGAAAUUGAUUCUUUAAAGAAAGAUGAACAGUAUUGUAGUCUCUUUGCUUCAUAUGACUCUUCAGCUGGAGUUAACUUAAUUGUCAAUAAACUUCCUUAUCAGUUACAGGAAAAGUGGACCAAUGAGGCAAGCAGAUACAAAGAGCAACACAACCUGGCUUUUCCACCAUUCCACAUAUUUUCACAAUUUCUGGAAAAGAUGGCAAGAGUAAAAAAUGACCCAUCCUUCGCUUAUGAAGACACAAGACCAUGCAAACUGAAACCUCAGACUUCAUCUCAUUCUGUGUUUGUCAAGAAGGUGGAUGUGCCAGUCUCGAACUCUGUGUCAGAAACUAAGACAUCAGCUGUGACUAUAUGUCCCUUACAUAAAACAAACCACAGUUUAAACAAGUGUAACCAGUUUCGUGAGAAAUCGUUACAGGAACGACUAAACUUCUUAAGGAGUAGAGGACUUUGUUUCAAGUGCUGUGGUCAGAGGAGUCACCUAGCUCAGGACUGUCGCUCAACUGUGAUGUGUAGUGUGUGUAGGGCAACCAAUCACCCAACAGCUUUACAUAUAGACAAGCCUACUAACAGUGAUCAAGACUGUAACAAGAACUAUCUUGCUAAGACUACAACAGAAGAAGUGACAUCAGCCUGCUCCAUGGUUUGUGGAAGAACAGGUGCAAGCAAGUCUUGUGCUAAGACUGUAUUAGUGAAAGUAUAUCCCAGAGAAUGUCCAGAAAAAGCCGUUCUUACAUACGCCAUUGUAGAUGAACAGAGCAACCGCUCUCUAGCAAGGUCAGCAUUCUUUGACCUCUUCGCUAUCUCAGGACCCGAGAUACCAUACUCGCUAUCAUCUUGCAAUGGGAACACAACAGAGUUUGGUAGACGAUGUUCAGACUUCACUAUAGAAUCUUUUGACUCAGGCUGUAAGAUGGAUCUCCCCAUGCUCAUAGAAUGUGACCAAAUACCGAACAUUCGGGAUGAGAUACCAUCUCCAUUGGUGGCCAAACAAUUUAGUCAUCUGAAAGACAUCGCUAAGUUCAUCCCUCCUAUCCAGUAA